AUGUCUACAACAGAAUCCUCGAUGACGCCUACCGAUUCACGGGCGGGGACAACUCAGCCUGAGUCGACCUUGCCAUCUUCGCCAAUGACCGAUACGUACGCGCCAGACACGAAGGAAUCUGCUGAAGAAGGAAGCAACUAUGACGGUGCUCAAGCUGAAAAACCUAUGGGUGAAUCAAGCCACAAUUUCUCGGGAACGACAGAUGGAGCAGAAGACACGGAAGGAAUGGACGUCAAGGCGAAAGCUCUGAUGCACCUGCUGAAAACAAGCUCGGUCUUUGUCGCAAUCAUGUCAGAGAAAAUGAAGAAGCAGCAGGAAGAGGCAAGACAACGCGCCGCCCACCAAAAAUCUGAAUCGAACGCAAAGCCCAAAUCUACAGCUGCCACACGUCGUGAGACUAGGAACAAGCAGAAGGAGACCGCUAGCGCACUCGAAGACACUGCGGCUAAUGAAUCGAAUGUCGGGAAAAGAAGAGGCCGGUCCAGAAAAAGCGGGCCAGAUGGAAGCAAGAUCUCCAGCUAUUUCCAAAAAGCCGAGGUCAAGCUCGAAGAGGGCAAUCCAACUGUCCAAGAGGCUCUCGAGCAGGCCGCAGAGGACUAUGAGGCUAAGCCGACUGCUCUUGGUGAACAGGAACUCGUUGCGACCCAGCAGCCCUCUCUCAUCACCGGUGGCAAAAUGCGCACCUAUCAAUUGGAGGGUCUGGAAUGGAUGAAGACACUCUGGAUGAAUGGAUUAUGCGGCAUUCUUGCAGAUGAGAUGGGCCUCGGAAAGACUGUCCAGGCUAUUUCGAUGAUUGCUUUCCUGAAAGAAAACAACGUCUCGGGGCCAUAUCUUAUUGCUGCACCGCUCAGUACGUUAAGCAACUGGAUCGAUGAGUUCAAGAGAUGGACUCCAAGCAUUGAGACCGUCCUGUAUCACGGAUCGAAGGAGGAGCGCGCGGCGCUUCGCAGCAAGCACAUGAAGACACGGGACCAAGGCAAAAUGGACUUCCCGGUCGUUUGUACCUCUUACGAUAUUUGCAUCAACGAUUCUAAAUUCCUUGGUCAGUAUCAGUGGCGCUACAUUGUCGUGGACGAGGGUCAUCGCCUAAAGAACAUGAAUUGCAAGCUAAUCAAAGAGUUGAUGACAUAUAACUCGGCCAAUCGCUUGCUGAUUACAGGCACACCACUGCAGAACAACAUCUCUGAGCUCUGGUCUUUACUACAUUUCCUCCUUCCAGAAGUUUUCAAUGAUCUCAAAAGCUUCGAGAGCUGGUUUGACUUUUCGUCCGUCCUGGAUGACACGGGCAAAGCGGAAGUAAUUGAGCGGCGAAAGCGCAACUUAGUGACCACCAUGCAUUCCAUCUUGAAGCCAUUCCUACUUCGUCGGGUCAAGACCGAUGUGGAGAAUUCGCUCCCAAAGAAGCGCGAGUAUAUUCUAUAUGCGCCGCUCACGCCUGAGCAGAAAGAGCUCUACAGAGAGAUAUUGAGCGGUACCGGACGUCAGUAUCUUGAGGGCAAGGCAUUGGAGCGUCUUACAGCAAAAAGCUCAAUUCCCACUCGUUCUCGCAGUUUGAAACGUGGUCGUGACAUCGAUGAGACAGAAGCACCUAAUAAAUCCCCGCGCACGGCGAAUAAAGAAUCAUCGUCUAAUGAGCCAGCUUCGGGUCGAAGACGUCGGGCUCCUCAGAGCUACAAGGAUAUUAGCGACCGAGAGUUUAACUCUAAACUGCGCAAGCUUGAACAGGGCAUUGAGGAGGAAGAGGAGCAAAGCGCAGGGCCGGAUGACUCAGAAAUGGAGGAAAUUGAGAGGGCCAAUAAUCUGAAACUUGCGAAGAAAGAGAUUAGCCAAAAGAAGAUGAUGAACCCGAUCAUGCAAGCUCGUCUUGCGUGCAAUUCACCACACAACUUCUACUGGCCCUGGAUGGACGGAUCCUCUACCGUCGAUGAAACGCUCGUCACGGCAUCUGGCAAAAUGCUACUUUUGGACCGCCUGGUGCCUUACCUCUUCAAGAAGGGUCAUAAAAUUCUCAUAUUCUCGCAGUUCAAGACACAACUUGACAUUCUCGAGGACUGGGCCACCCAACUGCGCAAUUGGCCCUGCUGCAGGAUUGACGGUGCAAUCGCCCAGGCGGACCGACAGGCCCAGAUUCAGGCAUUCAAUACCGACAAGAAGCACAAAAUCUUCCUGCUUAGUACUCGUGCUGGUGGGCAGGGAAUCAACCUUGUUGCCGCCGACACUGUGAUUCUAUUCGACUCUGAUUGGAACCCCCAGCAGGACCUUCAGGCUCAAGACCGGGCUCACCGAAUAGGUCAGACCAAGCCAGUUAUUGUUUACAGACUCGCUACCAAGGGAACGGUUGAACAGACCCUUCUUGAGAAAGCAGAUUCCAAGCGCCGUCUUGAACGCUUGGUCAUCCAGAAAGGCAAGUUCCGGUCUUUGCUUGACACGGGUAACGUGCAAGAUGCCGAGGAACUGAGAAGAGCGCUCGGUGAAGAUGAGUUCGAGCGCUUCGAAACGGGCGCCGAUCCUGCCUCUAUUCUUUCCGACGACGAUCUCAAGAUUUUGACUGAUCGAAGCGAGGAGGCCUAUGCUCGCGCUGAGAAAGGCUUAGAGCAAAAGGGAUCGGCUUUCGUCUCCGUUGAAACCAAACGUGAUGCUGGCGAAUCUCUUAUGGCGUAG